GUUCUCAUUUCUUUUGCAAGUGUUAAAAACGGAAUUCAGUUCGUUCAAUACUUCGUAUGAUUUUAUAAAUGUUUUGUUCCCAGGUACAGAGAGUUUCGACAGAGAUGAGCAGUCAUACAUUAUAAGUACGGUUAGCGCUGUUGCUAUUGCAGUAUUUCUUGGUGUUGGGUUUAUCCUUGUCAUUAUUGUCUUUCUUUACAAUGAAAGAUUGAAGUUUCUACGCCAGUAUUUGACAAAAUUAGGAACAAAUCGAGUUGAUAGCAAUGAUGCAAGACAUGAUUCAGAGGAGGAUCAAGAAGACUACUCUCAGAUGAAAAGGGCCUCAAACAACUACAACAUACUGAGUUUCAACAGAUUUAAUGCUGUCUCCAGAGUCAAUGUCACAGAGGAAGAAGAAAUCUACGAUCAAGGUGGCGCUGUUAUCCCUAGCCAGGCGAAAGACUCUCAGGACAGUUACGUGUCCUUAGCUCUCAGACAAAACCACGUGAUUCCUUCAUCUAAUGGUAUCAAGGAAGUUAUUUGCGAUGUAGAGGAAGAGGGUGUAUCUGAUAAGACGUAUGCUCCUAGAGAUAGCUACAUUACACUUGCACUUAAUCCAAGCGCUUCUCCAAAAACUACAGGAAACACUAAAGGAAACACCGGAAUGUGUUCAAAACAAAAGACACAGGCAGGAUAUUCAAAUAAAAACGAUCAGGAUAUAUAUGCAAAUACUCUACCAAGAUUUCCUUUAAACUAUUACGUACUUGAAAAUGACAAAAUUGGUUCAAAGGGAAAAAAGAGAAAUAUGAAUGAUAAAUUAUGAUCAAAGAAUUGAAAGUAAUCAUUAGUAAAUCUUAUACAGAGAGGGAGUGGUUGAGAUGGGGGGGGGGGGUGUAAUUACAUAAAAAAAAUUAAUCAUUAAAUCAUCAAUUUCAUUACUGUUUUAAUAUACGAGUAAUACUUAUUUUAAAUGAUGUUCCUUUUGUGUGUUAAAGAAGGCUAGUGAUAAGAAAUCAUUAUUUCUUUGGGAUGAAUAUGUUUAUGUUAAACUGGCAGACCAAGGCAACAUAGCUGUUCUAUUUGUUCCCAAACUUCAAAACAGAAGACAUGUUAAGUGUAAAAAUCUCCAAUUGCCAACAAAAUCAAUUGAUAAAAUAACGCGAAAUGUGUAAGGAAAUUCGUAUUCCUUACUAGAAUUGAAGCUUUCAUAAUUAUAAUUCUUGAAAUAUAUAGAAAUUGAGUUUUCUUUGAUGUCCAGAUAUGCAAUUUUGUGCAAUUUUCUUUAUAGAUACGGCAUUUUAUGCAUACAAUUAUAAGCAUUUAUACAAAAUAUUACAACUCCAAGACUUACUUUCUUUGGCCAAUACUAUAUGUUAAAUUAUCUACAUAUAUGAAUUGUCAAAUAAAACAGGGAAGUCAAUGUGAUUGGUCCUUGUUUACUAAUUCCAUUCAGGAAAAAACCAAGUCACUGUAGUUUUUUUCUUAUAACAAGAUGAAAACUAUCAGAGUUAAUCGACAGAAUUUUCUAGAAAGUUAAUAUGGGGAAGGGUUACAUGUAACUACAUUCUGUCAAGAUUUCUAUAUUUGGAGGAAAGAGGAAAAGACCCAUAUUGAAAAAAAGUAGUCAGACUAAACAAAUAACACAUUUCGGGGAAAAUACUGCUAAUGUGAAUGAAUAGUAUGCAGGCUUUAAACUACUGUUCAAUUACAGGUGAAACGGAUGUACUGGGAUAAAUAUUUAUAUAUAAUGGUUCCGAAUUAAAUGAAAUUCCGAAUAAAAGUUUUGCUAUAUAAUCCUAUCUUCUAUUGCAGAUUGGGUUUCUUCGCCGAUCAAGCAUUUUGAUACAAAUUCGGCAUACAUGUAGAACAUGUAAAUUAAAACAUACUUGAUUAAGCUUCCAGAAAAUGACAGAUUUACACAAAGAAAGAAUAUUUUAAUAAGGCACAUU